AUGUCUGUUGUCGAGAAAAAAACUUUGGAUUACACUGUGGACUUUCCCAAACUUCCGGAUGCUCCUUCAGCAACUUCAACAAGUUCUAGCGUCCCUUCUGGUGCUUGGACUGGCUCUGCUCAACCGGCAAUAAAAUCUUCUGUUGUGACCGAGGCGUUUAAAUUAAGUGCUGAGGAACGUGCUUCUCAUGGUGGAAUUGGACGCCCUUUUGGUGGACCGGCUUCUGAGGAACAACAAAAAUGCAAUCAAAUAGCGCAAAAAACUGGUUUGUUUAUUUAG